CACGAGCUGUCAGCACAGCACAGGAAAGCGUACUCGCGGUAGAGGCGUUCCUACUCUGGAGCUCCCAAAAUACGGAGAACUUCCCACAUGCUAUCAUUUGACAGUCUCCCCGAAGAGUGAAGGUUUCACUCGUGGAUUUCUGUCAACAUCGGUUCGUCUAUGACAAGAGUGGAAUCUAAGAAGAAAGGGAAUGAAUGGGAAUGCUUGACGGGAGUGAAGAAAGGAUUUUCGGAUGCCUCGUUAUGGAGCCGUCUGGCGAAUAGGUGGUGCCUCCUUCUCUUCGGACAUACAGAAGCCUGAGAACUCAAGGGACAGAGAGUGAGUGUGAGAGAGAGAGACCACAUCUGUGAAAAGUAUCAAGCCAGCUGUCCCAGGGCAGGCUGUCCCAAGUGAAGUGGAGCAGAGUGUGUCUUGUUGCCUGGAGGCUUCUGCUACAGACAGGGGGAUGUACGGGAGAGCCAGGCCUAUCAUUAGGCCACUGGGCCCAGCACUGAGGAAUGGAUAGUGGCAUCACCCCAGCAAAAGGUGUAAUUGCCUUCUUAACCAUGGAAAACAGGUUAAUCACUGGCGUGUGAAGCCCUGGAGCCCUGCAAGCUCUUGCAGAAGCAAAGCAGAGAUCAGUCGGAACAUCCAUCUUUAACUGCGGAGCCUGUGAGCUAAAGCUAGUUUCUUGUUUCUUUUGCUGUUUUUUGUUUUUUGUCUGUUGCCAGCUUUUGUUGAGCCAUUGUGUAGAAAAGUGUUUAUUUUGUCUUCUUAAGACUUGAUUGUUUUUUUUGGUCACUGAAAUGAUUUUCUGAAAAAAAGGAAAACAAGAAAAACAAAUAAAACUUUCUUUGUGGUGAGAACUCUUUUGGCCCAGAGGGUAGCAGAGGGAAGAGGUCAUGGCAGCAACAUACCGCAUUGUUGUCAGCAGCAUCAACUGCUACAACAGCGUGAUGGUGGACCGGCGUCUUCAGCAUGCAGUGCACUACUGCAACGGACCGUGCCAGGCACUGAGACAUGGGCUUGACUGCACCGUGGCCCAUCGCAGCACCUGCGCCGAGCUGCUGGAGGCUCCUGCCACCCCUGCCUCUGGCUCCCGCCCUUCCAGCAUCCACGAGCUGGCCGGUAAAUUCUCAGCUGUUGAAAAUGGAUUUGCUGGCCCUGGAGCCGCCGCCGGUGAGGAUUAUCACCAGGCUCUCCCGGGAGCUCCCAGGGUCAAAAAGGGACUGUCUGUCCAGAGUUCUGCGAGCCUCAAGGAUAUCACUGGGGAGGCUAUCAACUUGGCAAGUGGGAAAAUCAAGGAGUUCUCCUUUGAGAAGAUCAAGUACUCCACCAGCCACGUCACCUUCCGGAAGGGCCGGAAGGUUCGUCCAGACUCCUUCAGCCGUAGGUCUACUGACCUGGACAUCAUUUACGGACACUUUAGUGGUAAUGACGAGAAUUGCCCCCCCUUUGGCCUGCUGCAGAAGUCAGUCCUGGAGGAGCACAAGCUAAGCCGUAGCGCCUCAUUGGAGCAGAAUCUCAACAGCGUGGCUACAUUGUACCUAAACAACUUGACUGAGGAGAACCUCAUUGCCCGCAUCUUGGAGAAGACUAAGACUGACAGCAAUGCCUCUGGGGAGGACAUCAAGGCCUGCCUGGACAUCCUCCUCAAGUGUUCAGAGGACCUGAAGAAAUGCACCGAUAUCAUCAAACAGUGCAUCAAGAGGAAGUCGGGGAGGGGAGACAGUGAUGAGUCCAGCAACCCCGAGGUCCUCUACAAGAGUGUGAUGACCAGGCUGUCUAGCUACCUGAAGAAGCUCCCUCUGGAACUAGAGACAGGGCAGUCAGGGAGGCAGGAGCAGAGUGAUUUGGCGGAGCUGGUCAACAGCCUGCAUGGCCUACAGCAGGGACCCUUUUCCCCAAUCUUUGGCAAUGAGCAGCCUCCCAGGUAUGAGGAUGUCGUCCACUCUCCUCCCCUGACCAAAUCUCUGCCUCCCUCCUCAUCCCAGUCUGAAUCCCAAGAUGCCCCUCGGGAGCCGGGUGGCACCGGGAAACCCGCUCCAGUCCAGAGCCUCUUGCGCCUGUCCUCUCACACCUCCUCCCCUGCUAAUGGGCCACAACAUGGAAUUGCAGUGUCUGCCACACCACCCACAGCCUUACCUCACCAUAUCCCAGUCAGCAGUUGUGACAACUUCUCCUCCACCACUUCCCUGCUUUCUUGCAGCAGUGACAGUAUCUGCAAGGACUCCAUGGAGGCACUGUACAUAGAGGAGGAUGUAGAUGUGGGCAGGGCAUUGGACCGGGAGAUCAGGGGAGAGGGGAGGCAGUUCACCAAAAGGCCCAGCAUUCUUAAUGAACCUGGGGCCAGUGUCUCAGACAAGCUACCUGAGAGCAGUUGGAAUGGGGCCUCGUGCAAGCCAAAGACGGAACCCUUUUUGCUAAAGGGAGCCAGCAAGACACAUGUCUCUCUGAGGAACAUAGUGAGCCCAGAGCCAAGGCCCUUCAGUUCCCCAGCACAGAGUGGCAAGGAUGACGACAUCGAUAAGCUGCUGAUGGACUUGGAAAGUCUGUCUCAAAACAUAGACAAAGAGACUCCCGAUAAACUGUCCACAGGCCCUGACCACAGGAACUGCAACCAAGUGAUGGCCCCUCCUCAGCCAGUGACCUCAGGAAGAAAAAGCUUGGCUGCCCUUCAUGUAACCCCAUCCCCAACCCUGCCUAUGAAGGACCAGGAGACUGGUGGGGGGGCAACAGACAAGGGCACAGGUGAAAGUGUGGAGGAUGAUGGGGUGCUGCUGCUCCGGAUCCUGGAGAGCAUUGAGAGUUUUGCCCAGGAGCUAGUAGAGAGUGGGGCAGGUACAGGAACUCAGUCUAAGGAAAAGGAAGUUAUGCGUCUCCUGCAGGACACACUGUCUACCCCCAGCAAGGCAGAGACGACUGGCUCAAGCCCUGACCCUGUCCACAGCCUCACCCCUAGCCCUGCCCCUAUCACCAUGAGUGACACUGGCUCCACGCUGUUGAUCCAACAGACUCCAGAAGUUAUCAGGGUCCAGAACAAGCCUGAAAAGAAACCGGGAACCCCGCCUCCAGCCCCUGUCCCAGCGCCGUCCACCCCUACCCCCCGUCCACCCACACCGCCGCCUGCCAGCAAAAUAGUGGUCGCACCCCCUCCCAGCUCCAUACACAUUCCACGCUUCUAUUUUCCCAAAGGACUUCCGAACGGCAGCGCCAACUUUGACGAAGCCAUCAGCAAAGUGGAAACGGCUUUCACGGAGUUCGAGGAAGAGAAGGCCGAUAUUUACGAAAUGGGAAAGAUUGCGAAGGCAUGUGGCUGCCCACUCUACUGGAAGGCCCCAUUGUUCAACAGCGCUGGGGGGGAGAGAACGGGAUUCGUCUCCGUUCACUCGUUUAUUGCGAUGUGGAGGAAGUUGUUACACAGCUGCUACGAUGACGCUUCCAAGUUUGUUUACUUGCUAGCAAAGCCAGGCUGCGACUACCUGGAGCAGGAGGACUUCAUCCCACUGUUACAGGACAUCGUGGACACGCAUCCAGGGCUGACGUUUUUGAAGGACGCCCCUGAAUUCCAUUCCCGGUACAUUACCACGGUGAUUCAGAGGAUAUUCUACACAGUCAACCGCUCCUGGACAGGGAGGAUCACCAUGACUGAGCUGCGGAAGAGCAACUUCCUGCAGACCUUAGCCCUGCUGGAGGAAGAGGACGAUAUUAAUCAGAUCACAGACUACUUCUCCUAUGAACACUUCUAUGUCAUUUACUGUAAGUUCUGGGAGCUGGACACUGAUCAUGACCUCUUCAUUGAUCAUAAGGACCUGGCGAGAUAUAAUGACCACGCCUCAUCCAACAGGAUAAUAGAGCGUCUGUUUUCUGGAGCAGUCACCAGAGGAAACUCAGUGCAGAAGGAGGGAAGGAUGAGCUACGCAGACUUUGUUUGGUUCCUCAUCUCAGAAGAGGAUAAGAAGAACCUCACAAGUGUGGAGUACUGGUUUCGAUGCAUGGACCUGGAUGGGGACGGGGUCCUGUCCAUGUUUGAGCUGGAGUACUUCUACGAGGAGCAGUGUGAGCGCAUGGAGGGCAUGGGAAUCGAACCGCUGCCCUUCCACGAUCUGCUGUGCCAGAUGCUGGACCUGGUCAAGCCCGAGUGCCAAGGGAAAAUAACCCUUCAUGACCUGAAACGGUGCAGGAUGGCUCACAUAUUCUACGACACGUUCUUUAACCUGGAGAAGUACCUGGACCAUGAGCAGAGAGAUCCCUUUGCAGUGCAAAAGGAUUUGGACAGCGAGUGUCCGGAGCCCUCCGACUGGGACAAGUACGCAGCGGAGGAGUAUGAGAUUCUGGUGGCAGAAGAGACAGCCAAUGAGCAGCUGCAGGAGGGGUCCUUUGAGGAUGACUAUGAAUCUGAUGAGCUCACUGUCCCAUCAGAAAUUGGAAAUAAGAUGGACAAACUGGUCAUAUCAGACUUGUCGGCGUGAUACGCCCUCAUCCUACCCAUAAGCCACUGCCUAUGGUCCUUGUGAUUACAAAAAGGGAAAAAAACAUCACCUUUUAAGCUAUGACUCCAUUACUCUUUCGAAGGGAAUUACGCUUUUUUCUACACUUUGAAAAGACUGUGUGUGCAAUAGAACGGCUUCUAAACCAAAAGGCUUUUUUGUGUUGUGUAAUAUGUCUUAACAUGUAGAUUUAGAGCAUCUGUUAGUAUCAGUUUUUUUUCUUUAUCUGUUUUUUUCUCUUUCCAUUCAUCAUAAACUGCCGGCAGAUUUCUUUUUUUUUUUCUUCUUCAUUUUUUGUAAUCGGGGGUUAAAUUAUUACCUGUUUAACAGCUGUGGAUCUUCUGGAUUGAAAGCUGCAUUAUGCCUGAGAAAUAUCUGCAUCUCCCAGCUGUGAUUGUGAAGUUUUUUUUUAUGUUCCCAGAUUCUGUACAAUAUUUAUGUUUUGUUGUUUUUGAAGUUUUUUUUUUUUUUUUUAACAAUGGUGUUUCAAGACAUUUCAACUCUGUCCUAGUACAUUAGUUUUUGAUGGUAAUCAGUUUCAACCUCAUCCAGGUCAUUAUAGUAUGAUCUCUACUGUAAAGUGGGUUUUGUUUUGUUUGUUAUUAUAUACGCAUGGGACACGGGGUGUGAAAUGUGAACACAUGAAUGCUCUCGCUGCAUCAAAAUGGUUUCAAUUCAAUGUCACAAAUAACUUGUUCUUUUCUGCCACCCUGUGGUCAUAUGUGGUAUCGUGGUGAAGCUGGCCAAGGCACAGUAUGUGUAUCUCAGAAGAGGAAUAAUUUUUCACAAAUCUGAAAAGUGUAGUCAGUUUAAUGAACUGCCUGUAUUAUGUACACAAAACUCAUAUGUUACAGUUUAGCAAAGCAGAUAUUUUUAUAGAAAUUGCGAAACUUUCAUUACACACAGUUCCAGACACCAUUUCAGUCUUUGUUUCAGUGAUUUUUUAAAAUCAGUUAUCUUAAUAUAUUUGAUUAUAUCUGACAAAAAAAGCUAGUAUAGCUUAUAUCGGUUGUCAAAAGAUUAGCCAAUAUGUAAAACAAAUCCUGAUUUAAAAUCAGUGUUAACAUUUUGUGGUCUUAUGUGGCUUGAAGAGUGAAAUAUUUGAAGAUCACUUUUAAAAACAAUUUUUUAGAAAAUGGAUCUGUAAAACAUAGCUACACGUGUAGCGGAAAUGAAGACGUUAUAAUUAUCAUCAGACAUUGCCAACAAAAACGUGUGGUUAAGAGGAAGACGGCAUCAAUUUUCAAAUAUUUUUUUCUAUGCAUAGUCAUAGUCAAGGUCCGAAUGAAGCCAAGUAAUUUUUAUAGUUUGUUGUACAGGUACAUCCUGAAAGCUCACAUGUAAAUAAGACGUAAAUAGAUCAUCAUUGUUUUAAGGUACUAUUUAUUUCCCUGUAUGUUGCAAAACCCUCCGCUCUGACUUGCUGAUAAUUAAGCCUGGUAGAUACUGUCAAACCAGAGUAUUGCACUGUGUUUAGUUUACAGAAUGUAGUGCGCAUUGCUGGUGGAAACCUCAGUUUGAUAAUAUUAUUUACGGUACCUGUACUCCGUCUUCUGUCAAUAAUGUGGCCCCUGCCUCAGGAGUAGCCUGUCACAGCGAAUCACACGUCGGAUUAUAUACAUACAAAUCAUAAAUAAAUGUGUCUGUAUUUUAUCACUGCCUUAAUUCCGCGAUGCGCGCUCACACUGUGACAUAGAGAGGAUAGAUCUCUGAGCACGCUCUGUAGUUCUUGGGUGCGCACUCCCUUUAGAUUCAACACUCCACGGUCUUUUUGUGUGUGUGUGUGUGUGUGGUGUGUUUUCUCGGUAACCAGCGACCAACUGGUGGCCUCUGCUUUCUCACACCACUUCAUCUCCCGUGAACAACUUUUAAUCUAACAUCAGGUGUCAGUGAAACUGUUUCCCGUCCAGUCCAACCCCACUUAUUACUGUUCACAAGUUUUUGUAAUUAGUGUAAGAUAUAGGCUAUUGCAAGGACGUUGUAACAUGCCUAUAUGCACGUUGCUUUAGCUAGUACAAACGUUUUUAAUUUUCCUAUCAAGAUUUUUUCUAAAAAGCCACUGUAAAUCUCUAUGUAUUUUAUUUCCCAAGUGAACUUCUCUGCCACUGAGUGGCAGAGGAUUUUAAAAUUAUAAUUAUUCUAUUACUGCCAGUGUUAUAUGUACAUCAAGCUUAAAGGGUGGAAUUUUACUGGGUUCUAUCUGAAUUCACUGUACGAAGACAAUCAACUGGACGUUUUACGAGGAUGUUUGAUGUUGAAGUAGCACUUGUUGUUUAGCUGAGGUAACUUUCGAAGCAAUAAAACUGCUGUAAUGAUGAUAACGUAUCGAGGAGAUAUUUUACAAAAAAAAAAAGCCUCAAUCAAAACUUGAUAUUUACGUUUUAAAAUAUGUGAUUUGUACCACUAAUAUUCUAGUUCUAUGCAACUCCAGGUCUACAGAAAAGGCAGCUGUGAAUAAGAUGAACUGACUGCUGAAACCGGGAACCUUUCAUUUCACUCAUGUCCCUUUGAAUUCUCCCAAGUGUAGCCUAUUUCUAAUUCAUGUAGGCCUAUGUCUUUUUCUUUUCUUCUUUUUUUCUUUUAUUGCAGAUGAUAAGGAGUUGAGGGUUUUCCCACCAGGUCAUAUCCUAACUAUACUGUGCUUGUGUUUCGCAUGGCUUUUUUUCUUUGAAAUUCGAAAAUAAAGACAUUUUAAAGCUA